AUGCCGCGGAGCCCUUCGCCGGAAGACGGGCAUCGCAGGUCUGAGCGGUCGACGAGGUAUGCCGACCGCAGGGAUGACCGGGUGCGUCGCGACGUAGACCGGCACGAGCGCCGGAGGAGACGCUCUGGCAGCCGCGAGCCGAGGGACGGGAGGCGGGACAGCCCGAGGCGGGACGAUCGGCGCCACGACCGCCGCCGCGAGGAUUCACGGCGGUAUGACGAUCGCAGGGACCGGCGGGGCGACGGCCGGCGUUCAAGGGACCGGAGCAGGAGCCGGAGUCCUCCUCGGCGGCACGACUCGUACGCAGACCGACACCAGGACCGCGGCCGCGGGCCGCCGGGAUCACUGGGGGACAUACCAGAGCUGCACAGCAUACACCGGGCGACGGUGGCGGUGGCGAAGACGUUCGGGCUGUUCGUGAAGCUGGACGGGUUCCGGAAGCAGGGGCUGGUGCACCACACGCAGGUGGACGAGAUGUGCCAGCUGGCGCGCAACGACAGCGACGAGGACCGCAUCUCCGUGCUGCAGCACUUCGCGCCGCCGGGACAGCGCGUGUGGGUCAAAGUGACCGAAAUCCAGGCCGGGCCGCAGGGCGAGCGCGUCGCGUGCUCCAUGAAGGCGGUGAACCAGGACGACGGCACGGACAUGGACCCGCACGGGCUGAUCGGGGCCACGCACGCGGACACGGAAGCGUUCAAGGAGCGGCGGCGCAUGGAGGCGCAGGAGAAGCGCGCCGAGGAGGACGUGCCCCCGGAGCUCAACACCAUCGUGCAGGGGGAGAUUGCGUCGAUCCGGCCGUUCGGGGUGUUUGUCAAAGUGGCGGGGCUCCGGCGGUACAUGUUGGUGCACGUCAACGCGAUCAGCACCGCGAUCAGGGUGACGAAGGAGGACGACGACGAGGAGCGCCUCGCGCAGAUACAGGGGCUGCUGUCGGUGGGUGACUCCGUGUGGGCCAAGGUUGUGGAGGCGGAGCCAGACACGGGUCCGCGGGGCGGGUGGAAGAUCGGCGCGAGCAUGUUGGCGGUGAACCAGCAGACGGGCGAGGAUUUGGACCCCACGGGGCUGCACCACCGGCCGCGCAGGAGGGGUGAGGAGGAGCUGCCGGUCGGACACGUGGCGGGGCAGUUGAACGCGCAGCCGGGCGGGCCGCAGGUGGUGGAGUGGGCGCACCUCGGGGCGGACGUCGUGCAGUACGGCGGGCAGCAGUACGACCUCGUGGCGGGGUGGGAGGGGGAGGCGUUCCCGGAGCCGCCGCCGCUCCCGGGGGGCUCGCGGGUCGCGACGGUCGGGGACGCGCUCGCGGUGCUGGACAGGGUGCGCGGGGAGCGGGAGAAGAAGGCGCGCAAGGAGAAGAAGGAGAAGAAGGAGAAGAAGGAAAAGAAAGAGAAGAAGGACAAGAAAGACAAGGACAAGAAGGACAGGAGGGACAAGGACAGGCGGUGA